CGCCCACCGAUGACCGCGCCGCCGCUUCUACGCGCCUCGGCCUUGGACAUUUGGUCGCUCGGGAUCGCAAUCGUGAUUGGCGGUCAGUACUUUUCGUGGAACGCCGGGCUCACUGCCGGCGUCGCCAGCUACGGCCUCGCACUCGCACUCAUGGGCUCGGCGUACGUUUGCCUCGUGCUCAGUAUCGCCGAGAUGACAUCGACGCUGCCCUUUGCUGGCGGCGCGUACGGUUUGAGCCGGUGCUGCCUCGGGUACUUUUCGGGCUUUGUCAUUGGGUGUUGCGAAGUCCUCGAGUACAUUGCGUACGUGAGCAGCAGCGUGCUCACGCUCGGGCAGAUGCUCCAGAUCGUGUUUCCAGUCCUCUCGGAUGCGUAUCUGCCGCUCGUGUGGCUCGCGAUUUACGUCGUAGCAGUGGCCAUUCACAUUCGCGGCGGUCGAGUCUUUUGGCUGCUCGUGCGCGCCCUUGCGUUCCUCUCCAUCAGCGUCUUAGUGCUCUACUGCGUCGGGUCGCUUUCGUUUGUUCGCUUCGACUUGUAUGCAGGUAGCGCCACCGUUGGCGGCGCCACCAGCUUUUUCACGAGUAUGCCGCUCGCCGCGUGGUUCUUUGUUGGCGUCGAGUCGCUCAAUACGCUUGCCAAUACGAUUCACGACCCCAAGAUUGUGAUUCCGCGCGGCCAAAUCCCGUGCGUCCUCGCUCUGUGUCUCACGGGCAUCAGUGUCUUUUUCGUUGCUGUGAGCUUGCCCCCAGGCGCUGCGGCCCUUCCCAGCGUCGUUGCCAUCUUCAAUCCCGGGUUCACCUUGAUGUUUGGCAUUUCGAAUGAGGUUGCGACCUUGUUCUCGAUCCCCGCGACCUUUGCGACCAUUUUUGGCUUUAUCUUGGCCUAUGCCAACAUCCUCUCGGCGCUCGCCAACUCCAAGCUCCUGCCGGUCUGGGUCGGCGCCGUCCACCCAACAUACCACACGCAAGCCAACGCCUUGAUCGUCGGCUCGGUCAUUGGCUACAUCCUCUGCUUUUGCGUCACAUACAGCCCGACGUUAGGCGAAGUGCUCUUCAACAUUUGCAUGUUCUUUGGCUUCUCGGCCUACCUCGCGCAGUGUGCAGGGUACCUCUACCUCAGGCGCGAGUUCAAGCAUUUACCCCGGCAGUUCAAAAGCCCGGUCGGCAAGCCCGGAGUCUACUACGCAGCGAUCGUGUGGAGCAUGAAUUGGAUCUCGAUCGUGUGCUGUCAAGGCAACACGGCGUACCUCCUCUCGUGCAUCAGCGCCAUUUUAGUGCUCUUGACCCUCUACUACUAUACGUAUGCCAAGAGCCGGCAGUCCAUCUCGGACGACGAGCGCAAGAUUUUGCUCUUUGUCCACGUGGCGAAAAACAAUAGCAACAAGAGCAAGCGGUCCCGCGCGCGGGCGACGCGCUGGGGCCGCCUCAAGGGCAAGCUUGAGAGCCUUGUGAGCAAGGCGCGGCGAUCCCAUGCAAGCUCGCGCAACAGCGUCACAACACUCGGCACCUCGUCGCGCGACUCGGUGCGCCAGGUGCAUUUUUUUUCGUGGCUUGCGCCAACCAAAACGGCGCCGACACCAAUGGGACCACCGGGUGCCACGACCGACGUCGCCAAACUUGACCGGUCGAUGAAAAAGCCCCACACAAUCGCACCGACGGUCAACGAAUUGCAGCCCGCUGAGCCGGUCAUGCACGUCGAAGAUGUUCACUAAGGAGCCAAAUCUAUACAUAUAUACAAUAUGACUGCACAA